AUGAGUAAUCCACCAUUAAAUCAAUUAGAUUCUCAACAAACAACAACAGCAUCGUCACAACCACCGACUCUUGAAAUGCAACCAUAUGUAGCUACUAUUAAUGAAGAUAAUAUGGUCAGUCAAAUCGAUGCUAUUAUUCGUCGUUUCUUAACUCGACCGAAUCAUCAAUCUCCAUAUUGGUUUACUUUGGAUUGGAAUGCUCCCGAAGGAACUAAUCUUGAUUAUACCAUACGAUUGAUAAUUCAUGAACCUUCUAUUAUUUUGAUGAAUCACAACAGUGAAAACAGAUCACACGAAUUAUCUCCAGUCUGUCCUGAUGUUCAUGUCCAUCAGUCGAGUGUACUUUUAGAAAACCAAGUGGUGAUAGAACAACAACAACAACAACAACACCAGCAGCAGCAUGAAAAGAAACGAAAAAAGAAAAGUCGAGGAAAUCGACAAUUACAACGUUACAGAGCUAAACUUCGAAAACGAGCUUUCGAUGAUGUAACAAUAGCACAGCUGACAAAUAAUGUCAUUGCUCAAUCAAGACAUGAAAAUGAAGAAGAAGGUGAAGUUUUUGAUAUUGACUGUCAAAUAGAACCACUAUUUCCAUCGGAUGAUAUCACCGAAAACAAAACAGACCAGAUGAAUAUCAACAAACGUAAACGUGAAACAAAAGCAAUCACCAUAACAGAAGAUACAAUGUUAGUCAAAUCAUUUAGUCAAGCAUCGAUUUCACAACCUACAGCAAAAAAAACAUGCUGUUCUUCUAAACAACAGCAUUUGAACGUAGAAAAAAAACAAAACCAUACACUGAAGAACAAUUCUGAUAAAACAUGGAAACAUUUACCAGAUUAUUUAACUGUACCCGAUGAUGUUUUCAAACGAAAUCUAUUGAACCAAGUGACAGGUGAUCAAACAAUAAUCAGUCAAUGGUUGGAAGAUCAUUCUAUAUUACAAUACGCGUGGAAAUAUGCUUCAUUAACAAAUCAAAUAUCGUACUUAAAAAUGGAAGAAAAUUUUAUGGAAUUCUAUACCAGUACAGCAAUGGCAGAAAUCAAUUGGUUAUCAGUAGCACCAAAAACAAUAAUUACAGAAAAUAAUAUCAAUUGGAUUUAUUGUAAAACAGAAAAGAAUAUACAUCAACGACGUAUGUCAAUCCAAAGACAAUUACAUGUGGUAACAUUCAAAUUAAAUGAACAUCUACAACAACGUCCACCAGUAUUACUAACAUUGAAUGAAAGCGCUGUCAUUGACAUAAAUCUGAACAUCUUAUCUGUGGCCAUUCUUGCAUUUGUACGCAAAGGUCAACAGCGAUUACGUAAUCAAUUUCAAGAAAAAGAAGCAGCAUUAAAAUUAGAUGUGAAAGAUGCUCGUCUAGUACAAUCAUUCUACAAAUUGAAUCCAACAGAAGAACAGAUUCGCUCUGCAAAAAUGAUUUGGCAAGCUUGUAUCGACGAACAAAAGGCAAAAGAAGAAGCAUCAAUAUUGAAACAACGCCUAUCGACACAACGGCUAUCACCAUCCUAUGGUUUACUUGAUCAUUCAAUUGAUAACCUUGAACGAAUUCUAGCACAACCUGGUUUUCAACAAGAUAAACGAGCUUAUUUUAAUUCUUCUCGUCAAAAGCUCAUCACACAAUACAAAUAUCAAAUGAUGACCCUCACCAUUCAAGCAACAGAAGAUCUCGUACGAGCUCAUAGUCAAAUAAUUAAUGAUGAAAAGAAAAAGUGGUUACUAGAAAAUCAUGAUAUACAUCAACAAUCUUGGCAAACAUUAUUAAAAAUCAUUGAAGAACGUCUAACAAUCAUGAUAGAUAGGGCUGAAAAGAACAUCCGAAAAAAAAUAUCUUUUUUCGAUCACGCUCCGACGACUGUUAUCAUCGACGAACUAACUGGCCAUUGA